GGGACCUUAGAGGGACCGUGCACAUAUAAGGCCUCGCUAAGAGGCGGGACUUCCUUUAAGACACAGCUGCGGGUGAUUUAAUACAGCGGGGUUUUAAUAUACGGAGUUUGUAAAGUAAUAUAAUACACGACGAAUUAAUAUCGAGUUUGGACUCUCUGCACCCUGGAGAAGAGGACAUCGGUGUCGGAAGCCGCUGGCAUAUGAAAGUCUGAUUAAAACAUGAUGAUGAUGAUGAGGAGGAGGAAGAAGCCCAGUCCACUGGAGGAGGCCACACACUUCAGCCUUAAGAAGGAAGAUCAAGAUGGUCUGGAAGCUCAGUUUAUAAAUGAGUUUAAAGGGAGAGGUGUGUUUAGUUGUACUGACUUUGAUAAGGGAGAUUUCCUAUUGGAGUACAGAGGAGAUCUCAUAAGCAGAGAAGAAUGUGAGCGGAGGCGAAGAAUAUAUCAUGAUGCCCUCAAAGUGUUCAUUGUUGAUGCAGCCCUGGAUGAUGGCUCCCUUGGGAGACUGGUGAAUGAUGACCAUAUAAAACCAAACUGCAGAAUGAAGACCAUCCGUGUGGAUGGUAACUCUCAUCUUUGUUUAUUUGCUAUAAGAAGCAUCUGUCCUGGUGAAGAGAUCACAUACAAUUACGGCGAUUCUGAGUGGCCAUGGCGAUGCAAGAUGACAUCGUCUAAGAAUUCACCACCUCCAGAACAAAAAGAUACAGCAGAUAAAAAGGCAUCCAAAAAGUGCCCGAUAAGCGAGUUGCCAUCAGACAGUGCUGCCUGUGAAGAACUGACCGUAGUAACAGAUGAGGUUACCCUUGGUAUGGCCCAAUUGUCCUCAGAGAAGCAGAAUUAUAUUGAGAAGAACGGUGGGGAGAAGGUUUAUCCUGUCAAAGAGUCGUUGGUUAAAGAGGAGCUGAGCUUUUACUUAUUAACACAAGGACUUGAACAGAUGACAUCAUUUAAGAAUUCACCGACACCAGAACAACAGGAUACAUCAGAUAAAAAGGCAUCCAAGAAGUUGAUGUGAGAUUGUGACAGUGUGAAGCCAGUGGACCUGAUGCUGAAGAUAACGUUGCUGCUGGUGCCUCUAAUCAUGUAGGUAUUCAGAAGAUGCCCACUGAAACACCUCCUGAAGUUUCUCAAGGUACCUGAGAUUUUACAUUGGAAUAUAGCCAGCAAUGUAAGUACAUGAACCUCCCACAAAAUUCAGGCUUAAUAAAGUAAGUAUUCUUAUGUACAGGUAAUGAGUCCAGGACAAAGAUUGGGAACCCAUGAAUAAGUUGAAGAGUGUGUUGGUCCAAUGCUGAGAUUUUUUUACAACUGUGAUGACACUUUUGAAAGCACAUAUAACUAAAGGGAAACUCGGCA